CUAUAUAUUACCCAAAGAGCUUGUGCGCAUAGGCAUAAUACAGAGGUUGGAGUAUAUCAGCUCGUUUGCUUUCCAAAUUCAAAUUGUAAAUAAAAGGAGGAUAUAUUGUUGAAUUCAUAUCUGGUGAACUGACUUCAUCUACAAGUUCAACAUGGCUGCCCCACCCGAUUACAACCAACAGAAUGCCGCUUAUCCACCUCCAGGGUCAUACCCGCAAGGUCAACCGGCAUACCCGCAAGGUCAACCGGCAUACCCACAAGGUCAACCGGUGGCAUACCCUCAAGGUCAACCAGGGGUAGUCUAUCCGCCCGGUCAGCAAGUCGUGGUUACCCAAGGGGCGCCAGCUACUACGCACGUGUACCAUACUGGUUCUAACCAAGGAUGUUGCGGCAUGGAUACCGCCGAACACUUCAGCGGGAAAGCCGGACUGGUCACCGGAGUGAUUCAUCUCAUUGUUGCUAUCUUAUCUAUCAUACUCGGUGGAGUUGCGUACGCUUUUCCUGUGAUUCAAAUCGGUUACGGAAUCUGGUCUGCUAUCCUUUUCAUUAUCCCGACCGGAAUUUUGGGAGUAGUGAGCAAGAGCAAGCAAUCCUGCGUUAUCAUCGGAUACAUGAUCAUGGGCAUCUUAUGUAGUUGGAUAGCAAUUGGAAUGCUAGCUUACGAAGCCUUUGUGUCGGCUGUUCUGUCGUACUAUACAAGUUGCUACUACAGUUUCAUUGGGUUCGAUUCCACCUACAUCUGCAACUACGAACGUUCAUAUGGUGCCCUUGCUGUCCAUGCCAUUCUCGCUGUGCUAGCCCUGAUCGAGUUCAUCAAUGCUAUUGUGGGUGCUGCUUACUGCUGCGGUGGACACCCGUGCUGCUGUGGCAAGUCCUCGUCCGCCCCAGGCACUACUACCACGGUCCAAUACGGCCAAGCUCAGCCAAUGACGGUGACUUCUCAAAAAUACGCUCCAGGUCCAUAGAUGCCGUCAAUAUGACGUCAUACAUGACGACAUAGAUUCAGUAUAUGAUCAUUUGUAUCACUGAUCAAAAUUUCGUGAUAUGUUCUUUAUUCAAAGGCGGAGGUGUCAUUCUGUAUGUGGUGGCGGGUAUCAGAAAAAAGGUACUUAUUAUAUAGCUAAAAUCUGAUAGUGUAAAUUUCUUUAAAUACAUAAACAUAUUGCUGAAUUAUUUUCUUAUUGCGAGGCUUGAACUGAUAUAAUUGUCUUCUUUGAUGCAUUUACAUUUUUUGUAAUAAAAAAAAUUACAAUCGCGCAUUUUUUCCCAGUCAUAACAAAAAUAACAUCGAAGUCUAUUUUUUAAAUACCUGAAGCCAAUACUUUUAAUGCGAAGACUAAGGCUUUUGAAUGUCAAUUUAAAGAAGAUGAUUCAUUUACACUACGUAUCAAAAAUAGUCUUGCAAAUACAUGUAUCUUUAUAAUAAAUCAAAAUUAUCCGAUGUAGUAGUGUUUCAAUCUUUGUUUUUGUAUUCUUCAUGCUUAGUUUUUAUUUUUGUAUAUACGAAUAUUACCCAUGGUAACAAUGGUAUUGCAGAUUUGAUUUAUCUGAAAAUACAUUUUCAUUAUAUCGUGUGAGUAAAACAAAAAUUGACACCUUACAUAUCCUCAAAAUAUGUCAUGAACGCAUUAUUGCUGGAAAGAAUAUCUUCUCCCAAAUAAUUUGAUAACAUAUUUAUGUGGUAUUUCCUCACGCUUUGAUAAUCAGUAGGUAUUGUUUGCAGUGAUGUCAAUUUUGACUUGCGCCAAAGUAAAGCACGACUGCAAUGAAUGAAACCAGAUGCCAAAACCCGUCAUGAGUUAGAACUACAUAUUUUGUUAAUCCAUUUUGAAAGAAAUUAACUUGGGAAUCGAUACUAAAAUGUGUUUAUUUAACAAUUAUAAUGUAAAUUGCUGAGAAGAUGUGUUGAAAUGGAUUUCAAUGCAACACUUGUAGGAUUAUGACAUCAUUGACAUCUGGAUUCAUUCAUUGUAGUCAUGCCGUAAUUUGGCACAAAUCAAAAUCUAUAUCACUGCAAAAAAUACCUCCAGGUCAUCCAAACGUUAACAUGUACCACAUAAAUAUGGGAUGAUAUUAUUUUGGAGAACAUGCUCUUUAAAGCCACUAUAUAAUAAUUAUGUGUUCACGACAUUUUUUUCCUUAAAUCUGGGGUAUUUGUGAGAUGUGAAGAUUUUUUUUUACUUACAUGGUAUAAAAUUAAUGAGAUUAUAAUGCCCAUGCAAAGAUAAUAUUGUCUGUGCUUUCUGAUAUGAAUUAAUAUAGGCCGAUACAAAAUCUUCAGAUAUACUCACAUAUUCAUAAUUUUUAUGAUAUAUUAUAUUUAGCGUCUGGUAGUAUGUUCCUAAAAUAAUGAUGCACAUACUGCAUCAAAUGGCUGAAAUGUAUGAGUUUACGUACACGGAUUCAUUAGUUAAAGAAGAAAAUAGCAAAAUUGAAAAUACUGAUACACAAAACGUAUAUAGGUAUAAGGAAUGUAUCACAAAGACGUCAACGAUAUUUUGAUGAUAGUAAUGAAAUGUACAUGUAUAUAUAUAGGUCAUUAGUUCGAGUAAAAGGAUAUUUCAGGAUUAUGAUUAUCAUCCUGAUGGUUAUUGCUUUCAUAAGUCUAUGGGACUAAGCUGAUUGUGAUGGUGCACUUACGUAUAUUCAGUACUUUUAUUGAGCAAGCUUCUAAAUUCAGCUUUUAGUAAUGCAUUUUGAAAGAUACUGGCACAUUAAUCCAUGCUUGAUACUAGAAAUUAAAAAAAAAAGCAGAAAAGGAAUAUUACCAAAAGUUUUAUUUACGUCUUAGUAAUGUCUCUGGUUAUGAUUCAUGUUUCACAUUUAAACACAUGACAGCUAAAAACACAUAUUAUUUAUGAGUUAUAUCAUAUCAUUUGUGUGUUGUGGGUUAUGUUACCCAGAGUUGCCAAUUUGACUAUGGAACUUCCAGAAAUUAAGAGAUUUGUAGAGAAUUUAAGCAUUUUUAUCACCAAUGUAUGAAUUAUGAUAUAGAUGCUGAGAAUUUCGUAGUUGUUUUCCGGGAAAGAUUGCAAUUUGGUCUACUUUAUCUAUACUUUCCACUUGGUCUCAUCUAUUAACUACCACUUUGUCUAAUUGCCAAUUUAACCCAUAUACCAUUUGGUCUAAUUUCUAAUUGGCUUUACCCAUCUUGUCUAAUGUCCUCUUGUCUUAGAGCGACACCACGAGUCUAGUCAAUUAGCUUGUUCAUGAACCAAAAAUGUUUCUUUGACAAAUUGCGUGCAAAAUGAUAAGUAGACUAAGCAUGCACUGGACCAACUGGGUAUUAGACCAUGCAGGAUUAGACUAAAUGGAAGAUAGACCAACCGUCGUGUAGACCAAAUGACAAUUAGACAAUAAAAUCAGUAGACCAAGUGCAUACAAACAAAUUUCACACAAAUUAUCAAUAUUUCUGGAUUAGGGAGUCUGGGUCAUUUUGCAUUACCGAAUGGACGAUUUGUAAUAUUAUGUUUUAGGCUGAUUCUCGUUUACAUUUUACAAGAUUAUUUUACUAUCAUGAUGGUGUACUAAUCAUAACUAUUUCUUGUCUAUAAACUUUUUGAAACUUUUA